GACUUGCUCAUCUUAGUGAGUCAUUCGCCGUUGAGAACGAUGGGGGCAGGACGAGAUCGUGGAGAUGAAAAACAAAAUGCGAUCGAAUAUAUAAACCACAACGAAAUGCACCUGAAUAGAGUUAUCGAAGGACCAUAAGAGUCGCUAGGCUAUAUUGACCGCAUCCCAGCAUCACAAUGGACGCUAACUAUGAGCAUCAUCUGGGAUCUGUCUUCCCAGGCACAACUUGGUCAAUCGAAAAGACGAUCCAAGGCUCAACGAACGCUACCUUGCGGGCGACAAAGCUCUCAGGUGAUGCUGGCCCGUCAUCUGUGAUUCUCAAACACGCAGCGCCUUUCUUCGAAGAUGAAGACCAUGUGCAACCCUUUUCCAUCAAACGACAGCAAGUCGAGGCAACUAUGAUGAGACUAUGGGAAGAAGGUGGACCUCUGUAUCCAAAGGCUAGUGAGGGCCAAUGCUGGACACUGGCCAAGUGCUGGAGCCAGCAGGAUGGCACGGAAACAAGUCUGGGCAUCUCACCUAAGUCUCAAGAAGCAUCUAUAUUACUGACGGAAGAUUUUGGCAAGGUCUUGAACCUGAGAAAAUGGACUGAGCACCUUUCAAAAUCUUCAAAUAUACAAGAAGCAAUUACCGCCGUGUCACAGGUUGGUUCAGUGCUUGGCCACAACCUGGCCAAGAUGCAUUCCAAAGAAGCGUACGACAAAGUAAUGGCAAAUGAUGAGACGGCUGAGCUCCUACAGCUUCCCUUGACAGAUGAGGUCGUUUGGUACCUGGCUAUGGAACCUCUUCUGGAGCUGUUUACCAAGUAUUUUCCUGGCUCGGCAUACUACGACCACCUGCUCAACGAUAUCAAGCAACCUGAGAUGACGUACCCGCCGUGUGUUGUUCACGGUGAUUUCAAUUUUGGCAAUGUGGUUGUGGCGGAUCCAGACUCGGACAGCACGCCAAACGGUCCGUUCGUUUUAGAUUGGGAGUUUGCAUCAGGCAAAGGUCGGGGUAUCAAUGGGGAUGUUUCUGAGUUCCUAUCUUUACUACAUUGCCGAAUUGUGAUCGAGCGCAGUUCCACAGACGGCUCGUACGCAACCUUGCUUCGCACUCUCUGCAACAGCUUCGCCAUGGCCUAUCGGGACAAGGCUCAGCUAAGGUGCAAGAUGGAACAGGACGAUUUGGUUUCUCAUCUGUACAGGUCUUCUCUACUCCUGGCAGGCCGAGAUAUGGCUGUGUAUGCUGGAUAUGCAUGCGACGAUGAUAAAGAGCGUGACGAAAUCAUGGCUAUCGCGGGAUGGUAUUUUGAGAGAGCCGGCAAGGAUAUCCAAGAGUUUCUGACGGAAUCAAACCAAGAAGCCCUAAAGCUGGAAGAUGAAGGGCUUUUCCGUUCCAUGUUUAUUUUUAACGAAAAGUAGACUGUACAUAGGCUACUUGAUUACCAAGAACCAUGUAAAUAGCAACCGAAAUGACCUAAAAGGUGUAAAAAAGCGCACCCACGUUGGAGAAAU